UUGAUGUGCACGCGGCUGGUGAAGCAGGAGAUUAAAUUGAGCACUUAUAUCAGAAGGACCCUCCAAAUCCAUGAAAGGCCAGAAGAGCACCUGAAGACUCCAAUAAGGACUCUUUUAAAUUAUUUAUUUAUUGAUACUUUUUUUUCUUUCCUGGGGGGAAUUAAACCUCGGCUGCUAAGUUUCUUUUUGUCCCUUUUUCUCAGUAGUAGGCAAUGGCUGAACCUGCUGAAUUGCUGCUCAUCAAGGACCAGUAUGAGCUGGCGUUUCAUUCUUUGAAACGUGGACUGGCUGCAGAAGAAGCCCAGAAAAAAGCUGAGGCCCUCCAGUAUUAUAGAAAGGGUCUGCUGCACCUCACUCAGGGACUGGAGGUUCCCACUGGAAGAGCAUGGCAGCAGGGCGCAAACUGGGACAGAGCCCGGCAGCUUCAGCAGAGGAUGAGGGAUACUUUGAAGACUGUUGAGGGCCACCUUUCUGACCUGGAAACAUCUCAGCUUGUAACAGCAAACCAGAGAAGCCAGCUGUUCAAGGAUCUUUCUGCUCCCCAUCUUUAUCCAAACUUGGCCCCUAAUGGUCGGCCUUCCCAAAGCUCUCUCCGCCAUCUCUACCCCACCAUACCUGCUACCACCCACAACACUAUCCCAACCCCCAGCACAGUGGUCAGUCCUGCUUCCGCUCCUCCUCUGGACACACACUCCCUCCCUACACUGGCUCCAGAAACUAUAGGCAUGGCUAAUCCAGCAGACCAGCCUCCAGCAUACACACCACAGCCCACAGAUGGGCACCGUAUUCUGGCUUAUGGACCUGUUGAAGGUCGCCUUUGGCCAGGAAGGCAGACUGGAGCAGUAGCUGGAGAAAAUGUAACCGAGCUGUUUUGCAUCCCUUCUGGAGUGCAGCUGUUUUUCGUGGCACCAAACGGGCAAGUCAGCUCACUCUCUUCUCCAGGCUACCUUCGCAUCAUUGAAUCGGGCAGUCAGCAGAAUGCUUCCACUGCUGGAAAACCCACAGUGUUUUUACAUGUGUGUGACUGGCUGUACCCACUGACAGGAGACACCCCGGUGCUGCUGGCUAACUCCGGGAUCUUCAUGUUCCCUGACUCGUUGGCAGAGAUGCCGGGGUCCUAUGCGGGUAUAGUGUUGUCUUCUGAACUGUCUCCUGCUGACCGAGAGACUUUUCAGGACCUUCUGUCGCAGCUUGCUGAUUUCAGGAUCCAGGGUCCAGAGAGUACAGAGUCAGAGGUCAUCAACUUGAGUACAAAAGUCCCCCUUAAUUCCACAAAAGAGCAAAUAGGACUGAAUGCAUCAGCAGGAGAGCAGGAAAAACCACCACUUCCUGGAUGGAGUGAGAAGAUGGGCCAAGGAAUUUUGACAGGAGCUCUUCGGUUUAGUGAGUCACUUGUAAAAGGAGCAGAAGCAACUGGUAGGGCCAUUCAGAAAGGAGCAGCCAAGAUCCGAGACAACCUCACACCUGAAGAAACUCCUUCAGAGGUCAGCCCCAAUGUCACCAGACGUCUGGAGAUGGCUAAAAAGGCCACUGGAGGUGCUGUUCGAGUCAGCCAGUUCUUAGUGAAUGGCUUAGGCACAGUGGCAGAAAAAAUGGCAGAAAAGGUGGCACCCCAUGUGAAGAAACAUGGGGCAAAACUGGUCCCAGAGAGUUUGAAGAAGAAAGAAGAUGGCCAGGCUUCCAAAAUGGAUGGAGCCAAGUUUGUAGCGGUCAGCACUGUACAAGGUUUGGCUACCAUUUGGUCCAGUCUGGAGACUGGAGCGAAGCUUGUUGGUAAAAGUGUGGCAUCAGAGACGGUCUCAACUGUGACUUACAAGUUUAGGGGCUUAGAGAAUCUUUUAAACUUGUCCAGAAACAUAUGACUGCACGUCGGACUAAAGGAAAAGGCUUGUCAAUUAACAGCUGUACCUGCUCAACCCUUUCAUGUACACUAUUUGACUAACCCAGUCCACAACAGUAAACAGUCAGCAAGACAAACACGACACAGCAAGCAGAACUGACUUCAUCACACUCACUUUUGUUAGUCAUUUAUGUCAGACACAUACAAUGUGUUUUGGGUUCUGAGUCUUGGUAAUUUAAAACCUUUCCUACACAGGAUUUGUAACAGCUUGGUUUUUCAUGUGCUACAGCCCCCAUAAAUGCAGCCUUAUUUUUAUGCUUCAUGUCUAAUUUUCCUCUGUGUGUUAUGCAGAGCACAGUGAUUGCUUUGAAAACAUGGGUGACCUACACUUAAUGCAGUGCCUUAACUCCUCCUGUGUAGACAAAUAAAUUCCUGAAAUUGCUGCAGCUGAGCUAAUGUUCUGCUUGAGCUAUGGCUUCUGUGUAGACACAAUGUAAACAUCUGGCGUCCCUCCGGGUGUCCAUGUUACUGCUAAAUAUCAGCUUGUGCUGGGCGGUGAUGCUUAUGCUCUUCAUACUAUUUAUCUGUAGACCUUUCUCAUAGCUUGUUGUUAAUAAACUGCUAUAAUGAUA